UAUGACUCUUUCGAUAAAGGAGGUAGUAAAAGCAUAAAGUACCGACUUCCUGUUUACGUAUUUGAAGACGGACAAGUCCGACAACAGAUAAAUGAUACCCAAACUAUUCCAAUGGUUGAUAGGGGCUGGACUAUUUAUAGCAGUGUGGCUUGCCUUUGUUUUGGAAAAGGUUGACAUUCAGUGCACAGAAAUACAGAAAAGUGUCAUUUUAGUUUCUCCUGUGUUAGCAGUGGGAAUAUUUGGGGUUGUCUCUGCUGUGAUAGUUUUAUACAGAGUGGCCAUAUUUAAUAAUUGUGACGAUGCUGCAGAAGAAUUAAAACAGCAAAUAAAGGAUGCUAGGGAGGAUUUAUCAAAGAAAGGACUAAAGUUCAAUAACACAUAACAAACAGAACAGGAGCCUCAUUCCCAGUCAUUCGCUUUGUUACCUUCCAUCAAUAAACUAGAAAUCAGUCUGAGGUGUGUCGUUUUUUGCCUCAGGUGCUGUAAAGUCUUGCCAUGAAAAAAAAAUGCUUUGUGAAAUUGCUUGAAUGGCCACUGUACGUAUAUAUAUAUAGAUGCUUAACAAAAUGUUAGAACACAAUCCAAGCAUUGCAUAACCUUUCUUUCUGGGCAGACAGUCUGUCGACUACAAGGAAUCUCAAGUAACUUUCCAAAGGGAGACAAUUCAAAUAUACUGCCACACUGUUAAUGUAAUAUAGCUGUGUGAGGAAUGAUAGAAUAGAAUGUGUUUAUUGAAACCAAGUUAGGGCCCUUGAGGGCAUACAAAUAAAGAGCAACAUACAUGCUCGUUGCCUGGGUCAGGAAGCAUGACCAUAUACCACCGGUGCUUGUGUCCUUGCACUGGCUUCCAGUUGAUUCCCGUGUUGAAUACAAGAUUUUACUACACACAUACAAGGCACUAAACGGAUUGGCACCGGCCUAUAUCAGCGACCUCAUGACUGUUUACGAACCAAAAUGAUCUCUGCAUUCAUGCAAUUCAUGAUUGCUAGAAAAACCCCGCGUUCGUACAAAGACCUAUGGAGAUCGAAGGUUUGAUGUAACAGCUGCCACACUAUGGAACAGUUUACCAAUAGACAUCCGUUCGUGUGGCACUGUCAAAAGUUUUACGACAAACCUCAAAACAUAUUUUUUUAGGAAAUCUUAUAGCCAUAUUUUGUAAUAUAUUCUUUUUUAAAGUAAAGGCUGGUUUGUCGCAUGAACUCGUAAUGUUUAAAUUGUUUUAUUUUAUUUGGAUGUUAUAUUUUAUGCUCUGAUUAAUCUUAUCAUGUUUUACAUUUUACAUUGUUAAAACACUUAGAGUAAUUACAAAUUAUAUAAUGCGCUUUAUAAAUGCCGCACAUUAUUAUUAUUAUUAAAAAGAAAGUCAAAUUGAUAGUAAUAACAUGUCGACAUAAAAAAAGAAAGAGAAA